AUGCUUGCUAGACUCCAGAGAGAGAUUAAGAUUAAUUGUGAUCAGUUACCAGAGAAAGAAGAACUAGAGAGAGAACUAAUGCUACACCAGAACAUGUUACUAUCAACGAAGGAGUCAUUGAAGUGUUUGGAGGAGGAGAUGUGUGAUGCCAGGAAGCCAGAGAGGGUUAGACUAUUAGCAGGAAAGGAUCUGUCCUGUAAGGAACUAAGAGAAAGAGUACAGAAACUACAGGAUCAACUAUCUGAGCGUAAACAUCAACUGCUAGAGAAAGAGCUGCUAAUGGAACAGAUCCACAGGUUGCUAGGCAGGACACAAAAGAAAGUAGAAGCAAGGAAAGAGACUACAUUCCAGGUUGGAACAAAAGGGAAUCACUAUCAGUCCAAACUGAGGGAACUGACAAAGAAGAUAAUGUCAAAUAUAUCAGAACUAUCAGUACAACAGGUGAGGAGAGAGAAGGAGAGAGAAAACACUCUAACUAAUAGCAAUUAA